UCCUUUCUUGACUCUCGUUCUUUUUCUUGGUUUGAUUUGAUUUUUUGUUGAAAAUUUUAAUCGGUCUCAAGAAAGGGAGACAUGGACAAGACUAAGUUGAGACAACAAGCGCUCUUCAUACGAACUUCACUCUUUGAUCAGGGAUUCCUUGACGAGCAAUUCAUUCAGUUAGAAGAACUGCAAGACGAUGUUAAUCCCAAUUUUGUUGAAGAAAUUGUGACCCUUUUCUACAGUGACUCUGUAAGACUGAUCUACAACAUAGAAAGAGGACUGAUGAGUAACCCUCCAAAUUUCACCAAGCUAGAUGAUUUCAUGCAUCAAUUCAAGGGUAGUUGCUCAAGCAUUGGAGCAAAGAAGGUGAAGACUGAAUGUAGCAGAUUCAGUGAAUACUGCGCAGCAGAAAACUUUGAGGGAUGCUUCAUGACUUUCCAACAGAUCAAUGUAGAGUAUACGACUUUGAAGAAGAAGCUCCAGACUUACUUUCAGUUAAUGAAGGAAAGCUGCUCAGAUUAAACAACACUUGUAUAGCUGGUGCUCAUAUAUCCUAUCCAGAAGAUUUGAGUAUUAUGUACAGUAGCAGAACAAUAAUGAUUUUAUGCAUCAUUACACCAUUACCACACAAUUUUCUCUGAAUAAAAAAAAUAUAAUAACAUA